CACAGGUUCCAUGCCAGUUUGAUAUGCAGAUCAUGAAGGCUAUGCCAAACAUGGCUAGCUACUCUUCACUGGCGACUGAGUAGGGUAACUAUUCCAUAUAACUCACUUGAUAAAACAAGACCAAAGUUGUGGGGCCUCCCCUUGCCAGAUCUGCAUUUUCUUUUACGGGUGAGCUACAUAUGGUAACCACCAUGUUGAAUGCCAAAUCAACAUCUUCACAUUUUUACUAAAUCAAUCUGGCAUGUACCUUUGCUUUCAAGAAAGAUUUGGAGAAAAUAUCUAUUGCAGACAUCAUCAUCAAGAUCAUGAAUUGGUUGCAGACUGCAUUGUUUAUUUUCCGCUGAUGGUCAGCAGAUGCUUUGUAUUGAUCUUGCCUGAAAGUAUGAUCUUACAGUCAAUUGGAUUCAGCCUCAUAGCCAGAUGACAAAUGAUUAGCUCUCCACUCAUCCAUGGUGAAUUGACCCAUUUACUGUAAGCCUGUGUGAGCAAACGUUAACAUCAUAAUAUAUGCUAUCUCUCUCACUCUCUCCCACUCACCUCUUAAAUUAAUUACUUAGAUAAUUCGUCAUUAAUGAAGCGAAAAUAAUGAUUCAGAGAGGAGACAUUGAAUUUCUGAGCAAAAUGUAAAUGAAUUAAAAUGACAAAUUAGUUUACUCACAGGCGGCUAAAUUCUGUACGAAAUUAUGACGUGAGUCGUGCCACAUUCAACACCAACCUAGACAAUUUCACGGUUUCCCGAUUUGCUUCCACUGCGUGCUUAAUGCGGGAUGAAUCUCGUUUGGGAGGUGCCUUGGCUUUACCUGGUCACCUGACACGGCUCCUCCUGUUACCGGAGCUCGGGACAGAGCGCACUUCUAGCGCCGAUCACACUCGUGCGUCCUUACGCGCUCCUUUAGGCGUCGUUAGAGAGAGAGAGAGAGAGAGAGAAACUACCCCUUUCUUGAUACAGAAGAAAUAACAGCUCCGUUUCUCUUCGCCCUGCCUUCAGAUGAAUAAGUGAUGAGUGUGAGUGGUGCUGAUGCAGCCGGCGAGAACAGUGAGAGGGAGACUGGGGUAUCCACACCGUGCUGGGCUUGAAAGUGAGAUCCACGCUUCAUUUCAGAGUGAACUAAACCUGGACCAAUGACUUUCGCAGAUUCCAUCACUCAUGCAGUUCGGCUCCAAGGCUUGCUGUGGACCGAUGGACGUCCCUCCUCAUCCUCCUCCUCUUCAGCCUCGAUGGCUGCCAAUGGCAACAGCUCUGAGCUCCUUGCCUGACUGCCAGCCCUGAUCUCUGUAAAGACUCUUUUGCUUAUCGUCUGAUACACUCCAUUCACCCCCACCCCACCCUCCCACCACCCCCACUGCCAGAGCCACUGAGCUGCUCGGGCUAGACACCCUCCACUGCUACUGCCAGCCUCUUUCUCCAUGGCUGGCCUGCUCGGAUCACUGCUCCUGCUGGUGCUCCAGACGUUCGCCGCCCCUCCGGACUUCGUGCCGGCUGGCGAUCUGGACCCGGAAGGCCUCCAGUGGGCCAACGGGACGGCGGGCCCAUCCCUAGCACCUCCGCCGGGCACUAGCCAGCGGGUGCCCCACAGCAUCAUCAUCGGCGUGCGCAAGGGGGGCACCCGGGCACUGCUGGAGAUGCUGGACAUCCACCCGUCGGUGGCAGCGGCGGCCACCGAGGUGCACUUCUUCGACUGGGACGAGAACUACUCGCGUGGCUUCGACUGGUACCGCGGCCUCAUGCCCUAUUCGUACCCGCACCAGAUCACCGUGGAGAAGACACCGGGCUACUUCACGUCGGCACAGGCGCCCGAGCGCAUUCGCGCCAUGAAUGCCUCCAUCAAGCUGCUCCUGAUCCUGCGUGAUCCAGCCGAGCGCGUGGUGUCCGACUACACGCAGGUCUACUUCAACCGGCUGGAGGCGCGCAAGCCCGUGCGGCCCAUCGAGGAUCUGCUGGUGCGCGGCGGCGCCCUCAACACGCGCUACAAGGCCAUCCAGCGCAGCCUCUACCACCUGCACAUGCGCAACUGGCUGCGGUACUUCCCGCUGGAGCAGAUUCACCUGGUGGAUGGCGACACGCUGGUGCGUGACCCGCUGCCCGAGCUGCGGCGCGUGGAGCGCUUCCUGGAGCUGCCGCCGCGCAUCGCCGCUUCCAACUUCUACUUCAACCAGACCAAGGGCUUCUACUGCAUCCGCAGCGACGGCCGCGAGCGCUGCCUGCACGAGUCCAAGGGCCGGCCGCACCCGCCUGUCAACGGCACCGUGCUCCGGCAGCUGCGCGCCUACUUUCGCCCGCACAACCGCAGCUUCUACCGGAUGGUGGGACGCACCUUCCACUGGCACUGAGAGCAGUGCCCCCUGGUGGUGGACACAGGUUUUGGACCCCCAAGGGCCCUCGAUUUACCCCUCCCUCCAUACUUCACAACCUGCUCCUGCUCCCGCCCCUUAGCCCCCAAAUUAGCCAGUCACAAGAACUAAAGGGCUGAUUGACAUGUUGAUGGAUGGCAGGGAGGAUGGGAAACUUUAAGCACUUUACGAGCUAAGCCCACUAAAGCAAACAUGCCUCUGAAAUGCCUUUCACCGCAGAACAGUUAUUGCAUUUAAAAAAACAAAACUGUUAAAACUUUGCAGUUAAAACUGUUGAGAAAAAAAGAAUAUCCUGUAGGAUAAAUCCCUGAUUUGGACUCAGUCCUCUGUACUGUAAAGUGAAGUGAUGCCUGCUGCAGGCAACCAUUUUUUUUCUGUGAAAUUCAUGACCUUUUUUUUAUUAGUUGAUUUGUUUUCCUCCGUUUGAUAUACUUGUACUUGAUAAUAAAUGGUUCAGCUUUAAAAGAAAAAAAACCCAGAAUCAUA